GCCAGAGUGCGGGCCCCGCCGGCCGUGCGCGCCCGCUGCCAUGGCUUUCCGCAGGAGGACGAAAAGUUACCCGCUCUUCAGCCAGGAGUUCGUCAUCCACAACCAUGCGGACAUCGGCUUCUGCCUGGUGCUGUGCGUCCUCAUCGGGCUUAUGUUCGAGGUCACAGCCAAGACUGCCUUCCUAUUUAUUUUACCUCAGUAUAAUGUUAGUGUGCCUACAGCAGACAGUGAGAUGGUGUACUACCACUACGGCCCGAAAGACCUGGUCACAAUCUUGUUCUACAUCUUCAUCACCAUCAUCUUGCACGCUGUGGUUCAGGAGUACAUUUUAGAUAAAAUCAGCAAACGACUUCAUCUCUCCAAGGUCAAACACAGCAAGUUCAAUGAAUCUGGGCAGCUGGUCAUCUUUCAUCUCAGCUCAGUGAUAUGGUGCUUCUACGUGGUGGUGACGGAAGGAUAUAUAACGAACCCAAGAAGCCUCUGGGAAGACUACCCGCACGUGUACCUCUCCUUCCAGGUGAAGUUUUUCUACCUAUGCCAGCUUGCCUACUGGCUACACGCACUUCCCGAGCUUUACUUCCAGAAGGUACGAAAGGAGGAAAUUCCCCGCCAACUCCAGUAUAUUUGUCUGUACCUGGUCCACAUAGCUGGAGCGUACCUCUUAAACCUGAGCCGCCUGGGCCUCAUCUUGCUGCUGCUGCAGUACUCCACAGAGUUCCUCUUCUACAUGGCUCGCCUCUUCUACUUUGCAGAUGAGAACAACGAGAAGCUGUUUAAUGCUUGGGCUGCUGUAUUUGGGGUUACACGUCUCUUCAUCCUCACCCUCGCGGUUCUGGCCAUCGGCUUUGGACUGGCUCGUACAGAAAACCAGGCCUUUGACCCUGAGAAAGGGAACUUCAACACCUUGCUCUGCAGGCUUUUCAUGCUGCUGCUGGUGUGUGCUGCCCAGGCCUGGCUCAUGUGGCGCUUCAUCCACUCUCAGCUGCGACACUGGCGUGAAUACUGGAACGAGCAGAAUGCCAAGCGGAGAGUCCCAGCUGUCCCCAGGCUCCCAGCCAGGCUCACCAAGAGGGAAUCUGGUUACCAUGAAAAUGGAGUGGUGAAAGCAGAGAACGGAACCUCUCCACGGACUAAGAAACUCAAGUCUCCUUAAGGCCAAAGUGCUGAGAACAGGAAUCUUUAGUGGGGGACUGGCCAGGAGGCAGGAGCCCGGGCCCCACACUGCCUCCUCCUUCCUCCUCGAAACGCUCCGUCUCAGUCCGCAGGAACCUGUCAAAGGGGGUUUUCUCUUUCUUAUUUCUUGGCUUUCUCUUCCUAUUCUUCCACAUACCUUUCUCAAUAAAGCCAAAAAUCUUUCUCUCACUCCUUCAA